AGAGCCGGAGUCGGCUGGCUGGUUGGAAACAGCGGCCGCCGCGGGUGACUCAGGGAGGCGGGGUGAGGGUGCCGCGGCCUCGGCUGCGAGGAGCAGAGGGAGAAAGGGAGGGGCCCUUCCUGCAGGCGUUGGAAACCAUGGUGCUCACGCUCGCAGAAAGUUGGCCGGUGCUGGUGGGGAAGCGAUUCCUCAGUCUGUCCGCCGCCGACCGCGGCGACGGCGGCCACGACGGCUGGGACGUGGGGCGCGUCGCCGAGUGGCCCUGGCUCUCCGGGACCAUCCGCGCCGUCUCCCACACGGACGUCACCAAGAAGGACCUGAAGGUGUGUGUGGAGUUUGAUGGGGAAUCUUGGAGGAAGAGAAGAUGGAUAGAAGUCUACGGCCUUCUGAGGAGAGCAUUUUUAGUAGAGCAUAACUUGGUUUUGGCGGAACGAAAGUGUCCUGAAAUUUCAGAACGAAUUGUACAGUGGCCUGCGAUAGUAUACAAAUCUCUGUUGGACAAAGCUGGUUUGGGAUCCAUAACUUCUAUUCGCUUUCUAGGAGAUCAACAGAGAGUAUUUCUUUCUAAAGACCUUUUGAAGCCUAUACAGGAUGUAAACCGUCUUCGACUUUCCCUUAUGGACAACCAUGAUGUCAGUAAAGAAUUUCAAGCUUUGAUUGUGAAACAUUUGGAUGAAAGCCAUCUUUUACAAGGUGACAAAAACUUAGUUGGUUCCGAAGUAAAAAUUUAUAGCUUGGACCCAUCAACUCAGUGGUUUUCCGCAACUGUUAUAAAUGGAAACCCAGCAUCCAAAACUCUUCAAGUCAACUGUGAGGAGGUAAAGAUGAUGACAAUUGCAUGUAAUAUGACAGGGGAAGAUUCCAGCACUGAAAAUUGUCGAUCCAUCACUGAUUCAUGUUGAAGUUGUACAUGAUAACUUUGUGACAUGUGGUAAGAU